GGCGAUGUGUUGCUUUUUGCUUUGCUGAUGGUUUGCUGUUUUGUAUCCGAACGAUCCGAAUCCGUUCGCUGUUUACCCAUCCGCAGUUGGCAGGCAAAUAAAGCAGACGAAAAGAACGUAAACUACUUUUGGUCGGUAAUAAUCGUAAUAAUAAUAAUAUUGGUCCGGUCCGAUUAGUGACUGCAAGUUCUUCCUAGUCUCAGAUCGUAAGUGACUCACAAAAGUGUAUCUAGGUAUCCGGUUACAGAAAGUAAAUCACUAUUUAAAUCAUGCAGAACGUAAUCAAUUCGGUCAAAGGAACCGCUCUUGGAGUCGCGGAAUAUCUAACGCCAAUUUUGAAGGAAUCUAAGUUUCGAGAAACGGGUGUACUGACACCGGAAGAAUUCGUAGCAGCCGGAGACCACCUAACGCACCAUUGUCCCACUUGGUCUUGGGCGGUCGGCGAUGAGUCUAGGGUUAAGUCCUAUUUGCCCAAAGAUAAACAAUUCCUUAUAACUCGCAAUGUGCCAUGUUACCGACGUUGCAAGCAAAUGGAGUAUGUCGGAGAGGAAACACUGGUGGAGGAGAGUGAUCAGGAUGGUGGAUGGGUGGAAACACAUCAUUUCAAUCCGGACGGUGCCAGUGGAUCUGGUCUGGAAGACAAAGUGUGCGAAAUGACCCUAGAGGGAGGCAAAAUGGACGAUGACGUAGCCGCCGAUAUGGAUGAUCCGAAUAAUCUGGAAGACGGGGAUGGGAAUGAUGAAGAUGAUGAUGAUGGUGCAGCUAUCGAUAUGGACGAAUUCGAAGAAAGUGGUAUGCUGGAUCAGGUGGAUCCGUCACUAGCUACCGUUGCUCCCGUCGAAAAUAUACCCAAGAAGACUUCGGAAACAGAUGGAGACUCGGUAGUCCAUACCCGAACCUAUGAUCUGCAUAUCACAUACGACAAAUACUAUCAGACUCCGCGACUGUGGGUCGUCGGAUACGACGAAAAUCGGAAGCCGCUUACCGUGGAGCAGAUGUACGAGGAUGUUAGUCAGGAUCACGCCAAAAAGACUGUUACGAUGGAGACUCAUCCACAUCUGCCGGGACCUAACAUGGCUUCGGUUCACCCCUGCAAGCAUGCGGAUAUUAUGAAAAAGAUCAUCCAAACCGUGGAGGAAGGCGGCGGUGAACUAGGAGUGCAUAUGUAUCUGAUUAUCUUUUUGAAAUUCGUUCAGACGGUGAUACCAACAAUCGAAUAUGAUUUUACGCAGAAUUUCAACAUUACAAAUAAGUAAGAAGCUACCCUCCAUUUAUAUGCAAAAGCCACACGAUAUUAAUUGGGAGAUAACGAACAAUAUAAAUUACUGUCCCUAUGCGAAUUUCCAUUCGACCAGUCACUCGCACCUCUGCAUUUGUAUUAGAUAUGACGUGUUUUGGCUUGGAUUAUACAUAGCAAUAUCAACAUACACCAUACUGCGAAUGCUUCAGCUAAACGGGCUUCAAAUUGUUAACACGUGAACUAUAACAUCACAGUAAUGAAAAUCCCACGAAUAUUACGGUCAGCAUUCAUCUGAUGGAUGUUACCGGAACGUAUAAUACAGGCGAAGGCGAAUUGAAGAAAAGUAAAGAAUCGGUUACACCCGUUACACCACCUUUAGGAUGGAUGCAUGCAAAUGAUGAAAAUUGUUAGUUAUGGAAAAAUAUUCAGAGCGAAAUAAAAUGGUAUUUUAAUAUUGCAGCUUUAACAA